GGCGGACGUGCCGCAGACAAUGUAGGGGAUACCGGGCCCUGACAGUACCAGGCACUCAGGCAUCCACAGGCUUGGCGGUGCGUGCGCAUCGCGCUUUCACAGUCGAAUCGCUUUUGGGCAACUCGACUUUCAUCACUUUUUAGCGUCCCUCUCUCUCUCCACACGCGCUCGACCUUUUCUGCUCUGACGAUCUUCGCAAUUCUCAACGGUCCCGACGAUAACCCCGACUACUCUGCUGAUUUCACGACCUUCUCUUCACCUUUGACACGCAUCUGAGACUGUGCAGGGACCGGCGCAAUCCGAACGGCCUCUCCUCCUCCCCUCCUUCAAAGCGUUACUUUUUUCCAACUCGGCGUCCGUCACUACCUCGGCCUUUUUGCUCGGUCGACUACCGCUCGCUCGCAUCCCUAUACGAGCUUUCAACCCGGACUCUGGUCGUGCGCCCGGCUCCCCUUGAUUAUGAUCGGGGCCAUUGUUUUGAACGGCCAGUGAUACGCAUGGCACUGGGUGGAGAAGUUCUUUCUUUUACCUGGUCUUGAACCUUUACUUUCCUUCCUGCCGUCUGUGUCGACUGGUUGCGAACCCUCAAAACCAGCGACUCGGCUGUGUCGCUCGGUCGGUGUCGUGCAGAAGGAUCAGGAAGAGCAGGGCGAUCCUAAGGAACCGCGCCUGCUUCGGCGAAUUGUCUAGCCUGUGCCCAGCCAGACAUGCCCGGCGUCAUCAUGGACAAUGUCAACGUUGAGGAAACUGUGCGAAGGCCAGGUCUCAACGAGGCUACCAACGGCACCCUGAGUUCUACAGGAUUUAAUGAAAAGUCUAGUCAACGACAUGCCCUCCCAAACGGACCGGUUCAUGUGAAUGGCGCAGGACGUGAAGCCGACAACUCAAAUCAACUAUCCAAAACGAAAUACGUCGAAGAGCUUGCUCCAACACCUUUCGAAAUUCCUCAUAUCACCCAAGGUUUCUUCCCAUUCGGAACACUCGUCAAUCGGGCCGUGCAAAACUGUUGGAAUGAGUUAUCAGAGUUGAUCUCGGAGUUGGCGACCAUUCAAGUGCCCCCUGACCACUCAACUGCACCCGGCGCAGCCGGAAAAUCCCCCGGGAACCAGUCUGCGCAGAACAUGCAUAAGAAGCUCAAGAUUCUAGAAUGGGGACAAGCCAAGAGAGCGGAGUUUAUCAAACUCCUUGUGCUCUCAGAUUGGAGCCGGCAAGCGGCAGAGGUCAGCCGGCUUAUUGAUAUCCAAGGAUUCAUUCGCACUCGGCAUCAGGCAUAUAUGAAUGCAAUGAACUUUGUGGGUGUAAUGAAGCAGGACCUUGUUCGGGCACAGGUGGCCAAUCCGGAUCUGAAAACGGCACUUGAGGUCCUCGCCAAGGGCAGGGUAACCUCACUACCGGACUUUGGCUACAAACCUCCAAAGCCGCUGUCCGCGCGGGCAACUCUCAAGAAACUGCACAAGAUCAAUCGUAUCAUCAGUGCGAGGUUAAUUCUGCAAGACCAAGUACCACACGCCUUGCGACAAUACCGAGUACACGAUGGUCGAGUUACCUUCACAGUGGCUGGGGAAUUUGAACUUGAUCUUUCGGUUGCGCAAGAGGCGAAGACCUCUCAGUUCUUCUUCGUUGACAUUCGCUUCCUUUUCAGCCCCUCUUCCCCAAUUCCCAAAGGCCGCAUCCUCAACGAGCUUGAGGUUGAGGUCAACCGAAUCCUCUUCAACGAUGGCCUGCUUGCGUGCUUCAAUUUUCUGCACGGCUUGGUCUUAACAAAUAAGGUCAACACACUCUUUAGACAAGCCCAAGAGCUGGUCCGAGGGCUAUGGUCAGAUUUAUUACGCAUCGAGCUGCUCCAUCGUACCCUUGUCGUUCAGUACUGGCCAUCUAGGGCAGGACCCAAGAGCUGGAUCGAGAUCGGCGUCCGAAGGGGUAGCGGUGACCCGAGUAUCAAAGUUCCACAACUCAAUCUUCGCUGGAUGCGCGAUGGUCAACAAACAAACAGCGUUGAUGUCAAGUUCGAUACGGACGCACUCUCAAUAGAGCGCAUCCUUCGGAGCGUGAUUGCACUACAUACCUCCCAUGUGCUUUCCUCUGUAUACACCACCUUGAAAAAGCAUCUUUUGUUUACCAACCAUGUCCUGUCUCUACGAGGCCAGCUCUCUUCAUCAGAGCCCAGCGAUUGUUAUCUUGACUUGCAGCUAACGACCACUCGACAUCUGCGGGUCUCCAUUGAGCCUCAAUCUGGCACAAUCACGCUCGCUGGUACACCGAGUGUGGUGGAACGGUUGGAGGGUGACCGAGCUCCGGGCAAGUCAGCCGUGGAAGAGGUAUUGUCUCGGGUCGCUCGCCUGCGCUGCGGCACUGCCGUGGAGGAACUAGAAUCCGGCACCAAGGCAGUUGGCCUAAACAGCGUCAAUCCCAGAGCAGUGGGACUUGACAUUCGCAAACUUUUCCCACCUAAUACCGUCCGCUCGGUUUUCUUUAAUCAUCAAACAUGGGAUCACCGCUGGAUCGCCGCUGCAACUAGCAGCAUGGACGGCGAUCAUUGGUGGCUGGUGCAACUUCGGCCAGAGGCUCGGCGCUCAGUGCUGCCGUAUGCAACUACUGACGGCACUUCAAGUCCAAGCCAGGCGCAUGCUGUCAGCGGCAAUCUGAUGGGAGCGGGGCGUCGCUUUGAUUACACUACGUGUGCAGAGCUCGUAUACGGUCUGACCGGUAUGCUAGCGAUCUAUGCCAACGCUCGAUGCUUGACAGACUUUUCAGGCGUGCGCUUCCAGCCACCUUUGGAGAAACUACAGCUGGAGUCGGAUUUGCAGAUUCCAGAUCUCUACAUUGACUACCAACCAUCCAUGCUCCCUGCGGCGUUCCAAAUACCUUUACCCGCUUCAUAUUUGCAGAAAGGCUCCUUUUUGGGGAGAACAAUUCGUCUCUCCUUCCAAGGCGUCGAUCAAAAAAGCAAUUCUGCAGUUUUGGUGGCAUACGGUACCCUACAACGGCGUAUCAAGUCCCUUGGUGUCCUUGUCUCGCAAACGGAUCCCGAUCUUCUCGUGCAGGAUAAUGGAGGCGGUUUCGCACUUCGGCUGAUCGUGCCAGCGGGACAACCCGGUGUCAUCGGUCUCUUUGAUCGUUUGCAACGCCUCGACUGUAUGAUCUAUGUUCUCCAAAGACUCAUCCAGAAGGGCAUGGAGCCGCAGUCAUUGUCCCUCUCUCAAUUCACAUUCCUCUACGGUCCAGAGAAAAAGUUGCGGGCCAAGUUCAGCAUCAAUGUCUCUGGACCCACACUAUCGGCCCCCAUCGAUAUCCCUCAGGUCAUCUCACAGGCCGCACCCGUUUUCCGCCUCCGCUUGGGGCUCAGCUUCGACAGUCCCAGUCCCCACCGUCGUAUCCAAGAGUCUCUUACUGUUGUACUCAAUCACCGCUUCGCCGAGGUCGGUAUCGAUCCUAUUCUCGUCUUGAUGGCCGACACAUUCCUCCUCCUGCGCAGCUUGGAUCAAAUGAUCACGAAACCAGCCCAGUCGGAGUCUACUUUGGUGCACUUUAUCGUGCGCAGCCCCACGACUUUCCAGAUUCACUAUCCCCGGCUUAGGUGUCGGUUCCGACUAUCCACUCAUAUGCGAAAGGGCCGGACAGAGUGGCUACUCGAGGAUGCCAACCGUCCACCUCCAGUGGAGCCCAACCAAGUCUCGGCGGUUGUCCGCGAAAACGUCUACAAUGCUAGAGGUGAUGGUUGGCAAGGCCUCGGAGACGGUGCCAGAGCAUCUACCCAAUGUGUUGGAGAUCUUCUCUUUAAGCUUCACGAGUCUCUCAGCACGUGUCAGCCCGUUCCCGAACCUAUUCUGGAGACUACAAAUGGGAAUGUGAAACCUGCAUUGAAGCCUCCGCAAGAGAAACGUACACCCUCGGCACAGACGAAAGCCAAGACGCCCUCGCCGAAGAAGAAAAAGGCCGCGGCAAACAACGAUGUCAUCACGAUCGAUUAAUGCCAUGCAUGGAAGGGGCUGGGGAUCCGCCCUCCUCGAGAGCGCCUAUGACCUCCCCGUCAAGGCUUGUUGUUUUUAGAUAUCUUGGGCAGACGGAUGUCUGCCUGCCCUUCACGCAAUGUAUUCCUAGACCUUUCAAUGUGACACGCAUAUUCUACAUCGUGCUGGAGCACAUUCAAUUUCGAUCGUUGACCAGUAAUAUUUCAAGCUUCAAACUCCUUGAUUCGUGUACUGUAGUUAACGAUCCGACAAGCUUCACUAAGAUGCUUCUCAUGAUAUCCAUGGGACACCUAAAACAACAUUCACAAAAACAAUUAUAUAGUUGCGAGGAAUAUAAAUCUUCGAGACCAAAGACCAAGUUGAACCACUGAAUGCUCGCCAGUUCUCAUUUUAGUGAUUUCAUACGUCUAAAACAUUAAAAUGAUUAUAUGCAUGACUGAGUACAUGAAUCCGGAACCAUCCAAUACACAUCAACCCAAACGCCAGUCUUGCCUUGUACUUAAGAAUCAUCCCAACCCCUUAGGCAAUAGACCUAGUACCGCUCCUCACGUAUCCGCCCCCGAUUCCUCAACACAUCAAACUCAAUCCACUUGACAGCUUGCACAUCGCGCUGAGGCAACAAUCGCCCAGGGUUCAUCACAUGACAUCCCUCGUAAGUCAUGCAAAACGGCGCAGCCUCCGCGUCAGCCAGCACCAGUGCCGUUGGCAGGGGAUAUAACUGCACUGCAGAUGAAUGAUCCCACAGCACGGGUCGUAGUUGAAGUGGGAAGGGAGACAUAGUGCCCUGGUCAAGGAUGGUUUUGACUAAUUUGCGGGCCAUUGAUGCCAUGGGUGAUGCACCGUUUGAUUUGGCGCCGUUGGGUUGCUCGAGGUCGGGGGCGAUGGAGACAGCGUCGUUUGUGGCUGCAUCGAGGGUUUCUUGCAUGGGGUCGUUGGACUCGUCUUCGUCUGGUUGGGUGUUGAUUGUCGUGCGUCGGAGACGGCCUGAGAUGUCAUCGCGGAAAAUUGCGAUGUCGUGUACGGGCCCGAACCAGGAGAGACGUGCUGGAUUCGAGGUCCAUAGUGCUUCGCCUUCGGGCUCGGAGGUCUGGCUCCUGUCCAGCUCUGAAUUGGCCGCUGCAAAGGCGCGCCGAAUGCGAGAUGUGAAUAGCUCUGGGAUUGGCUGUCGUGGGAUCGUGGUUGCUGCGCCGGUUGAGAAUGAUGAUGCCCAGGGGUCGUUGUCGCCGGGGACGAAGACAAAGGUUGAAUGUUGGAGGAGGGCUGGGAAGUCAGACAGAACCACUGCGAGUGAGUCAAAGUACUCCUUAUACUCGAUACUUCCGGCACGACCUCCACCGUUGAUGAUUGCCUUUUGCACAAAGUUUCCGAUCAUGACGAAUGUCUGAGGGCGAUCGCAGAGUGCAAGGUCAUUAUACGUGCUAAAGACCUUUCGCAGCGCAUCCAGAGUCAUCAUAUUGUCGAGAUUGACCUCAUUCAAGAUGGCGACCCUGAGUCGCGCCGUAGACUCUGUAGAUUCGGGAACACUGCGAAGACAUUUCUCCUGAAGUCUUCUCAUACGUGCGCCUUGCGCACGCUCACUGCCAGUGCCCAAAAAGUCGACCCAUCCGAAUCCACCACUGGAGCUUACAUCGCCGCUGGCCUGGCGUGAACCUGUUCCAAGGGAGAUAUCUCUUCGCUCACAGGGAGGCCCGCAGAUUGAUACUCCAACAAAGUGACCUCCAAUGGCUCCUCCAACCCCAUGAUUGCCGCCCAGGAGAGAGCCCUGGACCAUCUCCUCCUCCUCGUAGAUACCGUCUACAAGCACAAUCAUUCCUGGCGCAAACCACGCACCAUCUUCAGGAAUCAUCCGUGCAUGGCUGAGGUCCAAUACCACAGUCCCCGUCAGAUCAACCAAUGACAAGUCCCCGGUGGGAGAAACAGAAAGCAGACCGAGAAGAAGAUGUGACGUGCCACUUCGUCCUAACAAGUUAGCGAUUGGCGUUAACUUGUAUGAUUGUUGCAUGCCAAGGUUUGACGAUGACCGCUGAAGUGAUGGCAUGCCAGCAACUCCCAAAGAGCUUUGGAAAGACUCAUUUCGCAAGAGCCGCUGAUAAACCAAGUUAUAACGGUCUCUGAAAAGCGCAGAUUUGUGUGACGGCGGUGGGAAUAAUGUGGGUUUCGACUUGAGGGCCUCAAAGUAUUUCUUGUCGACGUUAUAGGUCAAGCGUGGAAGGUCAAAUGCGUCGACUACCUUGAGCCAGUGCCGUGGAUGAAAUGACAACUUCGACUCAUCUUCGUCCGUGUCCCCAGCCCUCAUCGUUAGAGACCCUUGCGAGUGGUCAUUGCCGGUGUCCAUCCUCCCAGCGUCCACACCGAGACCAGAAGACUUUCCAGGUCCGUCCUGGGAAUUGCCUUUCCCUGCGACCACUCGUCCUCCACUCAUGCUGCUCUCAAGGGUCUGUAGGAUGGCCUUCAACGAGGCACCCUUGCCUUCUUCCACUAUAACACCACCUCCGGCUCGUUUCCAGAUCUUGGCCACCUCAUCCAGGGCCUUCUCUGCCAAUCCUUCUUCGCGCCAUCCCGAGCCACAGUUCUUGCCAAUGAAGACAGCAAGAAUUUGCAAUGCCGAAGACGAGAUUGUGAGAUUGUGCUUGCGGGUGAAUGUACGGAAUGCGACUGGUCGAAGAGUCGCGGGUGGAAGGAGGAUAGGGAGGAUGGAAGUUUUUGUAGGAGGCGCAUGGCCUCGUGGUAGUCGAAAUGGACGUGCAGGUGUUGCAAAUGCUGGUGAAGAUGAGGGAAUUGGAUCUGCAGCUCCAGCGCCCAUUCUGAAGCGAUCUGGAUGUCGCGGGGUGGACGUUGGAUCCAUGGUGUGGGCGGUUCUCGCUCGAGAUGGUGGUUCUAGAAUCAAUUGAAGGCAAUAGAUGUAGUGUGAUACAGGUGAUAACUGAUCACUAAACGUCGUAUCAAGGAGAGAUCCCCAUUCACUGAGAUUGCGGGGACACGACUGAGCUCGUCGGAGGUUUGGCAGCAAAAG